CGCAGCAUAGUGGGUUGAAAGCGUAACCAGCCACAUCAAAACCUCUUUAAUGUUGUGGGAAAAUGCCAGUAACAAGGAACGUUAAAAUCAUCGCUGCUAUUUACACAGUGGUAGCAUUUUACAUUUACUUUCGAAACAUAUCCUUGUGUGAAAACGACGUGGAUGUGGAUCAUGCUGCCCAGUCCACCGAUGUGAAGAAGCCUCUUGUGUUGCUGUGGUUCUGGCCAGGGGGGCAGGGAGACGUGAGAUUCAACCUGAAGGACUGCGGUACGUUCUUCAAUAUUGAUGGUUGCGUUCUAACCGACAACCGAUCCCUGUUUGACAAAUCCGAUGCUGUCAUUUUCUACCACAAGGAGAUCAACUGGGAUCUGAGCAACAUGCCCCGGUCACCACGACCACGUUUUCAGAAAUGGAUUUGGUUUAAUCUGGAACCUCCUUCACAUACACAAAAAAUACCCGGCUUGGAAAAGCUGUUCAAUCUGACGAUGAGUUACCGACGACAUGCCGACAUCAUUGUGCGCUACGACCUGCUAGGAAAGAAAACCAACCAGGAUAGUGAUUUUGUGCUACCCAGAAAAGAUAAAAUGGUUUGUUUGAUUGUGAGUAAUAAAGGAGCCUAUGACAGAAAGCCAUAUUACGAAGAGCUAUCUAAACACAUAAAACUACAUCUCUUUGGCGAAUUCUCAUGGAGCCGUGUCAAGCAUGAGAAUUAUUACUCAACCAUCGCUAGUUGUAAGUUUUAUCUUGCGUUUGAGAAUUCAGUCCACAAAGACUACAUCACGGAAAACAUGAACAGUCCGCUCGCAGUGGGCACUGUACCCGUGGUUUCUGGCACAUCCAGACAAAACUAUGAGGAAUUCUUUCCCGCUGAUUCAUUCAUUCAUGUCAACGACUACCCCAAUGCAAAGGCUCUAGCUGAAUUUCUCAUCCAGUUGGACAAAAAUGAUGAAAUGUACAUGCAAUACUUUAACUGGAGGAAGUACCUGACAGUCCCACCCCAGCUCCUGACUGAUGAGAAAGAGUUUACCCUUCCAGUGUGCACUGCCUGUGAUCACAUAUCAAGAGACAACGGCUACAGUGUUGUUCAGGACUUGUACAAGUGGUACUUUGUAUAGGUACCACUAUAGGUACCUCAGCGUGUUUGUGAUGCCUGUGUUAUCAAUAGGAAAAUGGUUUUACUUAUACACAUAAUGGUAAAAGGCUAAAAAUGAAGGAAAUUCAAAUGACCACCAUAACCCUAGCUAUACUGAUGCACAAACAAUCCCAAAGUACCUUGUUUGUGCAUUGGGUUAGUUAGGUUUGUGUUAGUCCUUUGGAUUUUGUUUUUAACAUUUUCUUUUGAGGCUUUUCACACACCACUGACAGUGAAACAGUUUUGUUUUUAAUAUUAUCUCGGGAUGGAACUUGGUUGAUGUAUUCAUGAGUGUUUUAGUCAGUUUUCA